GGGGUCCGGAACCUUUCCCCAGCGCCGGGGCGGACGGGGAUGAGCGGCGCACGGGGCGGCAGAGGGGAAGAUGGCGGCCGGGGCGGAUUUCUUGCUCCGAUACCGGGCCGUGUCCAACAAGCUGAAGAAGCGGUUUCUGCGUAAGCCAAAUGUGGCGGAAGCAAGUGAGCAGUUCGGUCAGCUGGCCAAGGAGCUGAAGCAGGAGGAGUGCCUGCAGUACGCCGGCUUCUGCAACCUAGCUGUGGCACGAUGCGAGCAGACGCUGUUCAACGCGGCCGGAGAGGCGCUGGCGCUGACGGACGCGGCCCGGCUCUUCCUGCAGGCCGAGAAGGAGACCCAGCGGCUCCAGUGCCCCGGCUUCGAGGAGCAUCUGCAGGCCGCCACCAACUGCUACAGCUUCGCCAUCAAGGUCUACAUCGAGCUGAACCAGCCUGUCAUGGCCGCUAGUCUCUGCUUGGAGCUGGGGAAUGCUUUGAAGGAGAUGAAUAAACCGGGAGAGGCGUGCGUGUACUAUCACAGAGCGGCCGAGCUUCAGUCCCAGGUGCCCAUUGAAUGCCUGCUGUCCCUUGGCAAGGUGGCUUCCUGUAAGAUCAUAAUGUGCGAUUAUGACGGAGCCCUGGCCGUCUUCACCGAAAUGCAGCUGAUGGCUCAGGAGAAGGGACUGCAGCUACCGGGAACUAAUGCCCCCGUCGGUGCGUUUGUGGAUAUCAUCGCCAGGUGUGAGGUGUGCCGGGUCUUGCUGCUGAUGCUGCUCCAGCCCCCACCCCAGAAGCUGCUGCCUGAGCACGCCCAGACUCUGGAGAAGUACGACUGGGAAUCGUUCGACAGUCACAGCCAAGUGAAUAACCUGCCGGAGAACGUGUUCCUGCUGCUGCAGUCUGUCGUGAUGGCAUGCCAGGAGAAGGACCUGGAGUCGCUGAAGGUUCUCCAGGUGGAGCUUUGGCCGCUGCUGACCCCGGAGCAGAACCACCUCCUACACCUGGUCCUCCAGGAGGUGGUGUCUCCGUCUGGCCGAGGCGUCUGAUGCCCCCCCCCCCCCCCCCCCCCCGAGUGCCCAUCCGCCUCCUGACCCC